AUGAUAGAAUUAUGGUUGAUAAGACAUGGAUAAACCAUAGACAAUAUUUAAAAAAUUCUAGCAGGUCAUUAGCCAGGAUAGCUGACAAACUUAGGAGUUAAAUAAGCAAAGUAGACAGGCGAAUUUCUCAAGAAAGAAAAAUUUGAUUUUGCUUAUGUAUCAGAUCUAGCCAGAACUAAAUCUACUUUCCAAAAUAUCCAUAAUUAGUUAAUUAGCAAAAUACCUGAUAAUAAAAUAACUUACACACCUCUUAUGCGUGAGAAAGGAGGUGGAGAAUAUGAAGGAAAACCUUUAGAGUUAUUUAGAAAGACAGCUGCUGAUAAAAAGAUUCCAUUAAGAUAAUUCAAAGGCAAAGAUGGAGAAUGUUGGAAUGAUGUAUAUGUAAGAGCAGAAAAAUUCUUACUGACUUUGGCAAUAAACCAUUUAAAAAUAGAUCAAAACUAGAAAUAAGAUCCUUAAGAAGAAGAAAUAAAAGAAAACAAUUAACCUAUUUAAAAUUUUGUUAAGCUGAUCGGAGUAACUCAUGGUGGAUUUAUAAUGGAAGUUCACAAUGUGAUAGAGUUUAAUUACUAAAAUAAAGAGCCUAACAUAAAUAAUGUGGCAAAGAAUUGUUCAAUCCACAAGAUAUAAAUAUCAUUGUCUAAAGCAUCUAAGCUUAAUAAUAUAAAUGAAGUUACCUUUAAAGAUUUAGAGAUAAUAUGCAUUGAUAGAAAUAACGAUAACCACUGUAAAGAUGUCAAAUGA